GAGGGACAUAUGGUGAUGGAAAAAAUGCUCAUCCUCUUUGAGCAUAUUUUAAAGGGUUUGAGUCCAGAAGAACAAGAGGUCACAGAAGGUAAUGAAGCAGAAAGGCAGGACUUGAAAGAGGCUGUAGAAGAUGAAGAGAACAUUAUACUGGAAAACAGUGUAGAAGUGGAAAGACUGGAAGAUGAAGAGCAGAUCGAAGAACAACAGAUAGAAAGUGAGGUGGAAGACCCAGAGAGGCCUGUUGAGGAACAGAGAUUAAACAGUCCAGAAAAAGAACAAGACGACACAGAGGGUUAUAGGACAGAGACUCAGGACUUAAAAGACUCUGUAGAAAUAUGA